AUGGCGUCGAGGUUCUUCCAACUUGUGCUGCUGGCGGGUAUGAUCCUCCUCAUACCGUCGUUCCUGUAUCUAUCGCAUCCGGCCACGCCAACGCUCAUCGACCCAGCGACGGGGCUCGCCUAUUCGUCGGACUCGAUCUUGCACGGGCAGACCACCAACGAGCACGCGCAAGUGUCGCAGGGCAACGGCGUCGAGCAAUCGCACAUGUGGAACGGCUGGAACUGGCAAGACGCCUCUGCGAACGUCAACAAGGGUGUGCACAACGUCGAAGACCGGGUGAAAGGGUUUAUCGACCACUGGCGCCCUACUGGACCGCCCUCCUCCGACGGCACUCCGCCGCUCGAUCCUAAAGUGAAGCCGCCUUCUGCCAAACCAUCAUCGUCGAAAGCAGCGAGUACAACAGCAGACGUCGAACGCGUCGACGGUGUCAUCAUGCCCAAGAUGGCCAACGCCACCGCCAAAGCCGCCCUCGGCCGCUCCACCUGGCACUUUCUCCACACCAUGACGCUGCGCUUCCCCGAGAAGCCGACCCCGCAAGAGUCAGAAACCAUGCGCUCCUUCUUCAUCAACUUCGCCCAACUCUACCCCUGCGGCGAAUGCGCCCGCCACUUCCAGCAGCUCAUCAAGGGCCUUCCACCCCAAGUAGGCUCACGGAAGAGUGUCAGCUGGUGGCUGUGCUCCGUACAUAACGAGGUCAACAAGAGCUUGGGCAAGGACGAAUUCCCCUGUGAUAAGCUCGACGAGAGCUACGAUUGCGGGUGUGGCGACGAAAAGGAGGAGAAGGGGGACAAGAAGGAGGAGGCGGCGAAGGUGGCAGAGACCGGGAAGACGGCUACACACAAGGAGGUCACGCCGUUUGCGUGA